CUAUGCAUUGAUGGACAAUGGAAGAUUGUCUUAGUAGAUGACUAUUUUCCUUGCCGUAUGGAGACAAGAUCAACAGCUUUUGCAGACGGCAGGAAAAACCAGCUGUGGGUACCAUUGAUUGAAAAAGCACUUGCCAAACAACUCGGAAGUUAUUCUCGACUUCUUGCUGGUAGGACCAUCGAGGGAUUGGCAACCCUGACAGGAGCUCCUGUUGAGGUUAUUUCCCUCGAAGAUGAUAUGGACCCAGAUAUUCGAUGGGCUAGGAUUUUAAGCGCCAGAGAGGCAGGGUUUAUCAUGGGUUGCAGUUGUGGAGCUGGUAAAAGGCCUGUUAACGAUGAACUGUUUCGAAGGCGUGGUCUACUUUCGAAACACGCUUAUUCCAUUUUAGACGUGGUGCAAGAAGGCGAGCAUAGGUUGCUGAAGCUUCGCAAUCCAUGGGGAACAUUUGUAUGGAAAGGAAAAUGGAGCCAAAAUUGGCCUGGAUGGCCAAAAGAUCUGAAACGUAAGCUGUGUUCUGGAGAACCUUCUACUGGAACAUUUUGGAUAGGCUAUGAUGAUUUUGUUGCACAUUUUGACUCAGGUUGGGCUGAACUGCGCAUACCAAUUCAGAUGGGUGGAGCGUUCUCAAACGCUGACAAGUGA